AUGGAGACCUUUGCCCCAGGCAAAUCAUCAGAGCUUGAUGAGCUAGAGGUGAAAAGGCAGAAGGUGAUCAUGGAGUAUAAUCAAAAUAUGCUCAAUGAACUGUUGAGAGAAAACUCGCUGCGGCCUGUCAAAGUGAGCCAAGUUAAUGUUCUCGGAGACAAUUUGCAAUUUCGAGAUAGAUUUCUUGCGCGUCAGUUAAGCCCCUUGCUCAAAAAUCCAGGCUUGUUGACCUUGAAGUCAUUUCUACAAAAAGUCGAUACCACAGCUUACAACUUUACGAAAACGGCAGCAGUUGAGCAAGUAACCUCCCAACUUGAUGCAAGUGCUUUUAACUCGCCAAGAAGCUCUCCUGAAAUGCUUGAGCUAGUAGCCAAUGUGAAGAUCAAGCCAGUAAAAAAGCUAUUCAUGAAAAUUGGCACCAAUGUUGGCAAUGGAGAAGGGGACGGCUACCUAUCCCUUCAAUGGCGCAACAUUUUUGGUGGUGCAGAGACACUUACUUUUGACACUAAUAUGGCCUCGAAUCAGAUUGGCACUAGAAACAGAUCACAAUAUCUUUUGAAUUAUAGUAUGCCAGUAUUAAACAGUCCAGAUCAAAAGAUUGACAUCCUGCUUUACCAUUCUUCCAGAUUCAUAGAUUACACCACUUAUCAUGAGCAAAUCGUAAGCGGAAUUACCACAAAAUUAUCAACUAACUACCUCCCAUUCGAAAACCGCUUUAAUCAAGAGCUUUCAUUUGAAAAUCUCCUACGAGCAAUGAGUCUCGAGCCAUCUCCAAAUGGCUACCGCAAUAAUUCUCUAAUUAAUGAUUACUUUUUGUUCAACGCUGGAGAGUCUCCAAAGUCGAGCGUUGCUUACUCGAUCUCCCAUGAUACAAGAAAUCAGCCAAUAUUUCCAACUUCGGGACAUCUCUUCAAAUCUACCACUGAAUAUUCUUUUCUUCCUGCAUCCACUUUCUUGAAGACCACUUUGCAACUUUCACAGGCCUUCAAGAUCAGCAAUUCUCUGAGCAUGAGCAUGGCUACGAAAUUGGGAUUCAUCAAGGGCCUGAACAAUGCUCUUAUUCACCCGAUGGACAAGUUCCAAUCUGGUGGGCCUAAUGACAUUCGUGGUUUUUGGACAUCAGGCAUAGGACCUAAGCAAAUGGGGCUCAGCAUUGGAGGGGACGCAUGUUUCAGUUAUGGGCUCAGUCUCUUCCAACGCAUACCAUUCCUGUCAUCUGACUCGAAUUUUAAGCUUCACUACUUUCUCAAUUCGGGUAAACUGAUUAACCUGGACACCUCCAAACCUGCCUGGGGCUUAUCCAAUUUGUUCAAUCAGCUCAAUACCACGGCAGGAUUUGGAAUUGUGUAUGCUCAUCCAGCAGCCAGAUUUGAACUCAACUUCACUCUGCCGAUCGCGAUACAUAACGGCGAUGAAGUGCGCAAAGGUAUUCAAUAUGGUAUUGGUUUAUCAUUCUUGUAA